AUGACGGGCCGCGAGGAGAUCUCGGAGGGCAAAGGCGACAAGGGGACGGUGCUGGCGCCCAGCGCCGGCAGCAACAGCAAGACGGCGGCGCGGCUGGGGAGCCCAGCCGGCGGCUCGCUGCGCUCCAAGGGCUUCGCCAUCACCGACCUGCUGGGCUUGGAGGCGGAGCUGCAGCCGCCGGCGGCCGCCUCGGUGACCGGCUCGGGCUGCGAAGGCGCCGCCGUGGCAGGCGCAGGGGCGGCGGGGACCCUCGGCGCGGGCGCUCCCCUGCCGCUGGGCUUGGGCUUCCUGUGCGGCUUCGCCACGCAGCAGCCGGCGGGGGCGCACUGCCUGCUGCCGGCGCACCUCCCCUUCCUGCAGCCCCGGCCGGAGCACCAGCAGCACCACCCCGCUCACCACCCCCACCACCCCCACCACCAGUACGGGCCGGCGGCCGAGAAGCACAAGGAGAACAUCUCCGAUGAAGACAGUUUAUCAGGGGACAAGAACAACUUGAAGACUUCUGACUGUCAGAUUAAGAGAAAGAAACGGCGGCAUAGGACUGUGUUUACCGCCCAUCAGCUAGAAGAAUUGGAAAAGGCUUUCAAUGAAGCUCAUUAUCCGGAUGUGUAUGCCAGAGAAAUGUUAGCCAUGAAAACUGAACUUCCUGAAGACAGGAUACAGGUUUGGUUUCAAAACCGAAGAGCCAAGUGGCGGAAACGUGAGAAGUGCUGGGGACGCAGCAGCGUAAUGGCAGAAUAUGGCCUCUACGGUGCCAUGGUAAGGCACUCGAUCCCACUACCGGAAUCCAUCAUCAACUCUGCCAAAAGUGGGCUUGUGGGCUCCUGUGCCCCUUGGUUGCUUGGAAUGCAUAAAAAAUCGAUGGAUAUUUCAAGAAAACCUGAAAGUGAGGAAAAGGGGAAUGGUACUUGGAAAUCUGAACUCCCUGAUGAAGAUUUAAAAAUGAAGCCACUGGAACAGGAGAGAACCUCCGCUGACAAAUUCAGCUCCAUAGACAAUGGCGAAGACAUUGCGAUGGAUCUCUCCAGUACAGCAAAGCAUGAGAAAAAAAACAGCACUUUGAGGCAGAGUCUCAGUGGAGGCAUGCCAAAAAUGAAAGACAGUGAGCACUAG